AGAAGAAGAAGAUACUUGUCUCGUCCAUUGACAGCUUUCGACACGGUGGCACUGCGUGACGUCAUCAGCAGCGCGCGUCCGUGCCACAGUGUUGUCUCUCAUUAUCAGCUCCAGUUUUAACUUUUACACUCAGCUUGAUUGCGUCAGAGUGAAGAUGAUGGAAGAGAGCGGCAUAGAGAGCACCCCACCAACCACCCCUCCACCACCCCCACCCGCCAGCGGUGUCCCCGGUCCUCAGAGUCCCCCCGGUGUCUCAGCUUUUGUCCCGGGAGGUUUCUCUAGCCCUGUUCCUCCAGUGGCUUUGACCUCCAUGCAGUCUCCUGCUCCUCCUCUGUCUCUGAGCGGUCCGUACGGUGCCCCCGCUCCGCUCGGCGCUGCUGCCCCUCUGGGCCCCGUCCUCUCGGCCCCGCCAAUGGGCCCGCCCAGCACCGGCUUCUCUGUGAGCGCAGGAUAUGACAUCACCCGUGGCCACGCGGGCCGCACCCCUCAGACGCCGCUGAUGCCCAGCUUCUCCAGCGCCUCACCCAUGCCAGGGAUCAUUACCAAUCCCAUGAUGCAGCAGCCGGUGUCUGGAGGGCUAGACGUCAGCUCGCCCAUCACGUUCCCUGAGGACACUGAAGACCCCAGAGGGGCUGCGGACGACAGCGCACCCGGUGGAUUAUGGGGCUUCAUCAAGGGUGUAGCCGGGAACGCCAUGGUCAAGACCGUCCUGGAUAAAACCAAACACUCUGUGGAGUCCAUGAUCACCACACUGGACCCUGGGAUGGCCCCGUACAUCAAGUCUGGAGGAGACAUGGACGUGGUUGUGACGUCAGAUAAGGAGGUGAAGGUGGCCGCGGUGCGGGAUGCGUUUCAGGAGGUGUUUGGUUCGGCCAUGGUGACCGGAGAGGCCGGUCAGUCCAACAUCGCCCCGCAGCCGCUGGGAUACGCCGCAGGGGUCAAGGGAGCUCAGGAGCGCAUCGACAGUCUGCGGCGGGCCGCUGUCAUUCAUGAGAAGCAGCCUGUGGUGUCUGUGGAAAACUUCAUCGCAGAACUCUUCCCAGACAAGUGGUUUGACAUCGGCUGUCUGAUCCUGGAUGAUCCAGGGAACGGGAUUCACCUGGAGACGUUCACUCAGGCCACACCUGUGGCCCUGGAGCAUGUGCAGCAGGCCCAGGCGCUGACUCCUCCAGACUAUAACCUGCGCUGGUCCGGUCUGCUGGUGACGGUCGGGGAGGUUCUGGAGAGGAGCGUGCCCAAUGUCAGCCGCACAGACUGGCACCAGGCCUUCACAGGCAUGUCCCGCCGGCAGAUGAUCUACUCCGCCGCCAAGGCUCUGGCUGGCAUGUACAAGCAGCGCCUGCCCUCCAGGACAAUGUGAUCUCUUACACCGUCAUGUUACACGGAUCACAGCUUCCCAGAAUCACACGAGAAUCCACAUCCAUGUGUUUUCAGUCAUGUGCCAUAACAAGACUGAGUCCACUCUAAAUGCCAAAAGAAAGAGAACCGUUAUUUUCUGCAUCAGGUCUAAAGUAAACCAGUUACAGGGCAGAAUAUCUAAUAUCUAACUUUUAAAUUAUUAAUCAAAUUGAUUAUCAUGUCCUUGAUAUUAUAUUUGAGUUUGAUUGAUAGUAGUAAUUGGCAACGUCCAAGUCUCUACAAUGGAAUUUGAUGUGAAUGAAACGACAGAUGCAUUUGAUGUCCUUCAGCAAGACAUCUGUGCUCCUUCAAAUAAUCAGAUCUCACCAAGGAAAGGUGAUUCUCAAAUUCCUAAUGCUUGUGUUUACAUUUACAAUCAAAUAAUUUGACUUGCAGAUUUUUUUAAUUGAAUAGUUGAAUAUAUAAUUUUGAUGUUAAGGUUUUGGAUUUUAUUUUAUAGCAUUUUGUUUUCAGCAUACAUAGUUCCAGCAUUGUGUUUGUCUGCAUGUCCGUUUCUUUUUCAACUCCAUGUUAGUCAGGGUUUACUGCAGUCAGAUGAAAUCAGAUCAGCAGCUCUUCUGUUACUGUAGAUGUUGUUACAGACUGAAAUGCUGCAGAUGGGUGUUAGCGAUGAUGUGCAGCAGGAUCAUGGGCUGCCGGAGCAUGACCUCUGAGGGGCGGCUGAUGUGUAGCACAUGCUGUGUGACUGAAAGAGUUCAUGACAAAUCCUUUAAAACUGUCUUUGUAUGUUUAUAAGAUUUCUUCAAAACAACUGUGGAUGAUUUUAUUCCAUAGCAUUUUACAAAAGUGCCUUUGACCAGCAAACAAGUAAAAUCUUUUUGUAAAGCA